GAAAUAAAACGGUGAUAACUGAAAUUAACUCGUAUAACAGAACACGCAAUCGUUAGAUGAACAAGCAAAAUUCGCAGAUCUCCGACAGAGCAAUGAGUCAGAGCGACAAAGAACAUAUGGUUUCCAUACCCAUCGAGGAAUGGGCGGAUUUGCGUGAUGUAUACAGACAGGACUGGCCUAAGGGUGCAUAUAGUUACUGCGGCCUGGACACCUACAUACAGCUGUCGCGCAAAGACCUCGAUCUGUGCAAACGAGAAGUGCGCAUUCGGAGUGUCGACAAUAACUGGCGAGAGCAUGGUAUUUUUAUAUUGGAUGAUCAUACGGAUUACUCGCACAUUAUACGAGUAGACACUUGCACCAGUGAGCAUAGUUCGCUCUUCAAGUUAGCCUUAACUUAUAUGGAUUUGGAAUCCUGUGAUGAAAUAAUUUUUCGUGAAACAAUUGCCACAACUGUUAGGCAAUAUCUACAGGAGUCAGGAUAUCCAUUGAAACAAGAUUGCUAUCCAAGGCAGCUGUAUUACUUGAGCAAAGAAGACAGCCUUAAACUACAGAUCAGAGAAAACGCGGAUUACAACAUCAAGCCUUUAACUCUGGCAGAUGUCGAGGAAGUCGAACGCUUUUGGCUGUACAAAAGAAAGGGCUCCAGCUACAUUAUUAGGCGCAACAUCAAAUACAAUCUCACCUUUGGCGCUUAUCAACGCGAGACUGGCGAGUUGUGCGCUUGGGUGUUGCUCAAUGAGUUGGGUUGUAUAGGUUUUUUGUAUGUGAAAGAGAACUACCGGCGUCAGGGUCUGGCUGAGCACUUGGUGGUCCACUUGUGUCAAGCGUUAGCCAAGCAAGACUGUGAUGCCCUGGCUCAUAUAAGGGAUGCCAAUGUGCCGUCGUUGAAACUGUUCGAGCGGUUGGGAUUUAAGGCUAUCGAGUAUAACUAUUGGUUUAUAAAAGAGGAUAUCUUUACGGAAUAAAAUCAUAAGUGACUGUAUGAAGUUGAGACGAGAAAAAGAAAUAAAAUGAAUACAAAAUA